AUGCCCACUGUUAAAGAAAAAUUACGUGCCUUGAAAGGGCUCUUUGAAGAUAAUGAUAUUACGUAUGAUGUGUAUAAGGAUAUGUGUAAGGAAAUAUGUGUAGAAUAUGUCGAUUCAAUGCCCACUGUUAAAGAAAAAUUACGUGCCUUGAAAGGGCUCUUUGAAGAUAAUGAUAUUACGUAUGAUGUGUAUAAGGAUAUGUGUAAGGAAAUAUGUGUAGAAUAUGUCGAUUCGUCAGAAUUUAUCCCUAUAAAACCACAACGGAGAAACUUUUGGCAAAGAUUAUGGAAUCUGGUGUCUGACGCGGGAAAGUUCACCUUACAAAGUUUGCUUUCACCGAUAAUUUCUGCUAUCAGUGGAAAAUUGAUUACUGGUUGA